AUGCUUGAAGAUGGCAAUAGUCGGCCAGUGGAACCUGUGGAGCCUGUGCAGAUGGCAGCCUCAACAACCCCUUCAUUACAAAUACCUGUUGUUACGGCAUCCGGAGAUAGGCUUCCACAAGAGACUGAUAUGGAGGGAAGCGCAAAUGGUCUUGAAGCUGGAAGGAGCAAGAAAAUUAUAGAGAAAUUGCAGGAAAACUCAAAUGAAGGCACUGUGCUUGAGUCGUCUGGUAAAUUAACGGGAAUAAUGACAGUUAUCGAUGAAAUAUUUGUCUAA